AUGAGCUUCCCCUUUCGUGUGGUGAACUUUGUGCUGCAGAUGCUGACGGCGGUGCUUGAGGUCGUGGCUCUGGUUAUGCUCAUCCACAUCCUGUCCACCCACUGUGUUCGGGGCCAGGAGUACAGGAUAUCGGUGUGGCUGUACACAUUUCUCCUGCCCCCCAUUGCCUUGCAGAGCGUGGUGCUCGUCGUGUUCCGGCUGUGCUGCACCACCGUAGGCCUCGAUCCAAUUGCGAUGACGUUUAACUUUGCCAGCGGCAUUCUCUGCAUAUCGAGCGCACUUACCCUCAUCGUGGCCAUGAUCGAUCACUGUGGCAACGAGUUCGCAUACCUGUUCUAUAUUUCGAGCGCCUUUGGCGUAAUUGCCGGGGUCCUGCAUUUGCUGAAUGCCUGCGUGUGCAACGUUUACAUACCCCUCGGCGAAUGGUCGUACCUGAAACCCUCGAAGAGAUCAAGGAAGAAGGCUAUGCAAAAGAGGAGGCACAGAAGCCUUUGAUGCUGUGCACCAAAAA